AGAUGGCGAUGACGGCGGCGGUGCGGGCGAGACAGCAGUUAGGGGAGUGAGUGGGUGGCAGCGCGAGCCCGAGCGCGCUCCCGAGAAGAGAGCCGAAGGUGGUGAGAUUCUUAAAAACUAUUUUAGAGACAAGAAGUUAAAAAUGGUUGUGUUAAAUAACUUGAAGGCAUUUCCAUGCAAGUUGUUAUGGAAAAUGACACAGAAUCAGCGAUCUGUACCAGUGAGACCUUGCAGCUUAUAUACCUGCACAUACAAAACCAGGAAUCGGGCCAUACAUCCACUCUGGCAAAGCUUGGACGUAGUACCUGGAGGUGAUCGACAGUCACCAAUCAAUAUCCGAUGGAGAGAUAGUGUUUAUGAUCCUUGCCUGAAACCCUUAAAAAUUCAUUAUGAUCCAAGUACAUGUCUUCAUAUCUGGAAUAAUGGGUAUUCUUUCCUAGUGGAAUUUGAGGAUUCUACAGAUAAAUCUGUGAUUAGGGGAGGACCCCUGGAAAACAAUUAUCGGUUAAAGCAGUUCCAUUUUCACUGGGGAGCAAUAAAUGACUGGGGUUCAGAACAUACUGUUGACAGUAAAUGUUAUCCAGCUGAGCUACAUUUAGUACAUUGGAAUGCAGUUAAAUAUAAAAGUUUUGAAGAUGCUGCAAUGGAGGAAAAUGGACUGGCUGUAAUAGGAGUAUUUUUGAAGCUAGGUGUACAUCAUAAAGAACUACAGAAAUUAGUAGAUGCCUUGCCAGCAAUCAAGCAUAAGGAUUCUCUUAUUGAAUUUGGAACAUUUGAUCCUGCCUGUCUUAUGCCAGCCUGCCCAGAUUUUUGGACCUAUUCAGGAUCUUUGACCACUCCACCACUUUCAGAAUCUGUCACUUGGAUCAUUAAGAAACAACCAAUUGAGGUUGAUCAUAAUCAGCUUGAGGCAUUUCGUAUGCUACUUUUUACUUCUGCUGGAGAGAAAGAAAAGAGGAUGGUUGACAACUUUCGUCCACUUCAGCCACUGAUGAAUAGAACAGUUCGUUCCUCCUUUCAUCAUGACCAUAUAUUGAAUCUGCAGAAGGGAGGCAAACAACAAACCCACCAUGUUACUCCAUAGAUAGCAAGAUUACAUUUUAUUUCAGUAUGUGAUCUAUUUCUGGGCUUUUGCUAUAAUUUUAAAGGGAUUUGUCUUAGGAAUUAUAUCUGAAUAUGUAUUACUUAUAUUUUAAAAGAUUAUUAGCUAUUGCUUUUAGGGAGGAUUAAACAUGAAACAUUUAAUGUCAUUAAAUGUUUAAUGACAUUAAAUGUUUAAAUAUUAAAUGUCACAGACUAUUAACAUGCCUUCACCAGUUAUCUUGUCUGUAACUUGAUUAAACUUUCUCAGAGAAUUUUACUACUUUAUUUAUAAAAUUACUUUCAGAUUAAAAAGAAAAUAAAAGUACAUUUUCAACUAAGCAUAUAAAGGUUAUUUAAUCAACUUUAAAAACAUGAUAAAAGUUUGUAACUAUAAAAGAUCAAGCCUCAUAGAAAAAAAUGUGUAAGUUAUAAACUAAGUUGAUUUUUGCAUUGAGUAGAUAUGAAAUUGAAAGGGGAAAAGAUUUCAAUUUUAAUCAGAAUUGUAUAGGUCAUAUUAUUGUUAUUAAUUUAUGAUCGUGUAUAUUUACUUUCCAUAGAGUAAAAACAGCAGAGUUAGAAAACUGGUAUAAUGUCAUACAGCAUAUAUUUUGCAUCAUUGAUGGUCUGGGCAAAUCACAAUUUUUCCCAAUUAUAUGAUGAAAUGUUACAAUCUUUGAUGAAAGAUGAAAAGCAUUUUAAACCUGGUUAAAUUAGAUGAUUUGGUAUGCAAUGCUUCAUACUCUAGAGACACUCAAAAUAAUAACUUCAAAUUUAAUUGCUAUUUUAGAAGUAUUUGAUAGUGUUUUGAUUUUUUUCCACUUAAGUUUAUGUUAUGGGUAGAACUCGGUACUUGAAACAAGGAAUCUUACAAGGUGUUAAGUCAGUGGAAUUGAUAAGACAAUGGUUAUCUAGUUUAGCAUGGUGAUUAAUAGUUCUCUAGUUCAGAACAUGUACUUAGUACUUAAUAUAGUUCUUUGACUUUGACACCUAUUCUACAAGAUUCACACCUACGAUGAUAUAAUUAUAAUAGAGUAUAUAAGCUGGGACAAACUCAGCCAGAUUCAUUCAUUUCAUCUCACACCACCGUGGUGGCAAGUCUGUCCUCCUUCAUUUCUCCACUGAAACCAAGGCCUGUCUAAGCCAGAGACAGACUCAGAGAAGACAGAAGACUGGAAGCUAGAGCAUAAGCCCUCGGACUGAGACAUACUUACUUCCAAGACAGAGACCAUGGUGGUGGUCCUCCUACCUCCCCCACAGAAACCAAGACACAUUCCAUAGAACCUCAAGAAAGCUGGCCUAGGCUCCAGGCAAGGAAACUAGAUUGUGAAAGAGAUAAAUAAUUUAGACUUUAACACCUGGCUAUUCUCAUGGUGAUUACUUUGCUGAAACAAAGGCUGGUCCAGAGAUCUCCAGAAAACCAACCAGAAUACUACAAAGUUAUUUGCUGAUUGGUCUCCAAAAUCUUUGUGCUUUUUUACCUUUCUCUUUUUCUUAUUUAAAUUCUGCCUUUUUUGGUGGGAAAUCAAAAUAAUUUUACUCUUUUAUACUAGAAGUUUGAUGCUAACAUUCUACUCUAAGUAUAAUUCUGAUCUAUUUUAUAUAGAAUGACAUAAUUUUAUUGUAUCCCAUAUGUUUAAAUCUGACUGGAAUUCAGAAAAUAUAAUUAUUUAGUAUAAUAGUGGCUUAUGGGAAUAUAUUAGGUGAUUUAUAUUUUUUACUUAGUAAUAUUAAGUGAAAAAAUAUAGUGAGAAAAGUGAUUAAGCUUUCUUAGAACAUUUUCAGAUAUCUUUGAGGAAUAUUUUCCACUGAAUGGUUAAAAACAAAUACUUUUUUAUUGCCAGUGAUAAUAGACAAAGAACAUGAUAUUUUUUUUUUCUGCUUAAGGUGAUUAAAUUUUCAGCAAGCUUAGUUGUAAUUGCUUUGUUAUUGUGAAUAGUCACAGUAAUCUAAAUAUUCAGUCAGAUGUCAGCUUUAGGCAAUAAUUGAAGAAUUAUUUUCCUACAUCUAGUUUCCUUAUAAGUCAUUGUUGGAAAAUAAAGUUAUAAUCCUUGGUAUUUAUAA